AGAGUGUGGUUGCUGUAGUAACCAUCACACCCUCCCUCCUUUCACCUCCAUUCUCUCUCUCUCUCUCUCUCUCUCACUCGCUCUCUCUCUCUCUCUCUCUCUCUCUCUCUCUCCUCCCCUCCACCUCUGUGCUGGUUUAUGCUCGUGUCUCCUUUCUCUUCCCAUCCGGUUUGUCCUCACCUCUCCUGGACGCGCUCCUCUCACACUGCCAGCGGAUGACACGCCAGGAGGAGAAGGAGGAGGAAGAGGAGACAAGGAGAAGCUGCUGUCUCUUCUCUCCUGUCUUUCCAUUACUUUAAAAAAAAGAAAAAAGAAAAAAGAGAGAGAGAGGGAUCCAAAACCUGAGCAGGGCAACAACCAAAAGAAAGGACACACAGGAUUAUACAAACGUCCAUAAAAGAAAAGACCCUACUCUUCUCCAUUCUCCUUUUCAAGGAGGGCAUUUUUCUUCCCUUUCCCCCCCUUUCCUUUUCUACCCCGAUUUUUUCCUCUGAGAUCCCGGUUUUGUCAAUUAGAGCCCCUGAACUUCUCUGGGAUUUCAGGUGAGGCACGCGUGUGUAGUGUGUGGUGCUUCUUCCAUUUUUUGUACCACCUAUCAUGGCUCACGCGGCCUCCCAAUUGAAGAAGAAUCGGGGGGAAGUGGAUGUGAAUGCAUUAGAGGACGAGAAGGAGAAGCGGAGGAAGAGCAGGAGAGCAGCGUCCCGGGAACAAAAGAGAAAGUCUGACAGUAAUGCAAGUUACCUGCGAGCUGCCCGGGCAGGAAACCUUGAAAAGGUCCUCGACUACCUCAAGUCUGGGGUUGAGAUCAACAUUUGCAAUCAGAAUGGUCUAAACGCUCUCCAUCUAGCCUCCAAGGAGGGGCAUGUAGAGGUUGUUGCUGAGCUGCUGAAGCUCGAAGCCGCUGUGGAUGCAGCCACUAAGAAAGGAAACACUGCUCUGCACAUAGCCUCUCUGGCCGGCCAAACGGAAGUCGUCAAAGAGCUGGUCACUAAUGGAGCCAAUGUCAACGCACAAUCUCAGAAUGGCUUCACCCCUCUGUACAUGGCAGCCCAGGAGAACCACCUUGAGGUGGUGCGGUUCCUUCUGGAGAACAGCGCCAGCCAGAGUAUGGCCACUGAGGAUGGCUUCACCCCUCUGGCAGUGGCGCUACAGCAGGGCCAUGACCAGGUCGUCUCCCUGCUUUUGGAGAACGAUACAAAGGGCAAGGUACGACUACCUGCCCUGCACAUCGCUGCCCGCAAGGACGACACCAAGGCCGCGGCCCUGCUCCUACAGAACGACCACAACGCUGACGUUGAGUCCAAGAGUGGUUUCACCCCCUUACACAUCGCCGCUCACUAUGGCAACAUAAACGUGGCCACGCUACUGCUGAACAGAGGGGCAGCUGUGGACUUCAUGGCUCGGAAUGACAUCACACCGCUACAUGUGGCAUCAAAACGGGGAAACAGCAACAUGGUCAAGUUGUUGCUGGACAGAGGGUCCAAAAUCGAUGCAAAGACCAAGGACGGGCUAACACCUCUUCACUGUGGGGCGAGGAGCGGGCACGAGCAGGUGGUAGAGAUCCUACUAGACCGAGGAGCUCCUUUCUUGUCCAAGACCAAGAACGGUCUGUCUCCGCUCCACAUGGCCACUCAGGGGGACCACCUGAACUGUGUGCAGUUCCUGCUCCAGCAUGACGUCCCAGUGGAUGACGUCACCAAUGACUACCUGACGGCGCUGCACGUCGCCGCUCACUGUGGUCACUACAAGGUGGCAAAGCUCAUCGUGGACAAGAAGGCCAACCCUAACGCCAAGGCUCUGAAUGGUUUCACUCCGCUUCACAUUGCCUGCAAGAAGAACAGAGUGAAAGUGAUGGAGCUGCUGCUAAAACAUGGGGCGUCUAUCCAGGCUGUCACUGAGUCUGGCCUGACGCCGAUCCAUGUUGCAGCCUUCAUGGGUCAUGAGAACAUUGUCCAUGCACUGACGCAGCACGGAGCCUCACCCAACACAACCAACGUGCGAGGUGAGACGGCUCUCCACAUGGCAGCGAGGGCAGGCCAGGCAGACGUAGUCCGAUACCUGCUUAAGAACGGAGCCAAGGUGGAGACCAAGUCCAAGGAUGACCAGACAGCGUUGCACAUCUCCAGUCGGCUGGGCAAAGUCGACAUCGUACAACAGCUGCUGCAGUGCGGCGCCUCUGCCAACGCUGCCACCACCUCAGGCUACACCCCCCUACACCUGGCUGCCCGGGAAGGACACCAGGAUGUUGCUGCCAUGCUGCUGGAGAACGGGGCCUCGCUCUCUUCUUCCACUAAGAAAGGGUUCAGCCCCCUGCAUGUGGCAGCAAAGUACGGCAAGAUGGAGGUAGCCAGUCUCCUCUUACAGAAAAGGGCUUCGCCUGAUGCUGCAGGAAAGAGCGGGCUAACUCCACUGCAUGUAGCCGCUCACUACGAUAAUCAGAGAGUGGCUCUGCUGCUGCUGGAUCAGGGAGCUUCUCCACAUGCUGCCGCCAAGAAUGGCUACACGCCACUCCACAUCGCUGCCAAAAAGAACCAAAUGGACAUUGGGACCACACUGCUGGAGUACGGCGCCGACACCAAUGCUGUCACGCGGCAAGGCAUCAGCCCCAUUCAUCUGGCGGCACAGGAGGGCAGCGUGGACCUGGUGUCACUGCUCCUGACCAAGAACGCUAACGUUAACGUGUGCAAUAAGAGCGGACUUACACCACUCCACUUGGCAGCUCAGGAGGACAAGAUCAAUGUUGCAGAAGUCCUUCUCAACCACGGGGCUGAUGUCAACCCACAAACUAAAAUUGGUUACACACCUCUGCACGUGGCCUGUCACUAUGGCAACGCAAAGAUGGCAAACUUCCUGCUGCAGAAUCAUGCCAGGAUAAAUGGCAAAACAAAGAACGGGUACACUCCUCUCCAUCAGGCGGCUCAGCAGGGCCACACCCACAUCAUCAACCUGCUGCUUCAGCACGGGGCCUCGGCCAACGAACUCACUGUGAACGGGAACACUGCCCUGUCCAUCGCCUGCCGUUUAGGGUACAUCUCCGUGGUGGACACUUUGAGGCCAGUGACGGAUGAAAACCUGACCUCCAUGAGUGCAUCAGAGAAACACAAAAUCAACGUCCCAGAGACCAUGAACGAGUUCCUCGACAUGUCAGACGAUGAAGUCCGGGCCAAUGUGCCGGAAACUCUCAAUGAGGAGUCUUUUUCAGAUGGUGAUGAAGGUGAGGAUGCAAUGACUGGGGACACGGACAAAUACCUGCGGCCUCAGGACCUCAAAGAGCUGGGGGACGACUCUCUCCCUCAGGAGGGGUACAUGGGUUUCAGCAUUGGAGCCCGUUCAGCCAGCCCUAGAAUCAGCCUCCGCUCCUUCAGUUCGGAUAGGUCCAACACACUCAACCGGAGCUCCUUCGCUCGGGACAGUAUGAUGAUUGAGGAGAUUCUGGCCCCCACAAAGGACACACUUCAGAGUGUCUGUAAAGACAUCUCCUACUUGGUUGACCCCCUCAAUAAGCACCUGGCUGUGACCAGAGACUACAGCGCCGAGUGUAUGCGACGCUACAGCUGGACACCAGACACUAUGGACCACAGCCACAACACUGUGUCCAGCCCCAUUCACUCUGGCCUCUCCUCCCCGCUCCCUCAGUAUGACUCCAGGUUCUUGGUCAGCUUCAUGGUGGAUGCCCGUGGCGGUUCCAUGAGAGGCAGCCGCCACAAUGGCAUGCGCAUCAUCAUCCCUCCCAGGAAGUGCACGGCGCCCACACGUAUCACCUGCCGCCUGGCCAAAAGGCACAAGCUGGCCUACCCCCCUCCUAUGGUGGAGGGAGAGGGGCUGGUGAGCCGUCUGGUGGAGGUCGGACCUGCUGGGGCUCAGUUCCUAGGUCCUGUGAUUGUGGAGAUCCCCCAUUUUGGUUCCAUGCGGGGUAAAGAGAGGGAGCUGAUUGUGUUACGGAGUGAAAACGGGGACACGUGGAAGGAGCACCAGCCAGACGCCAGACCAGAAGACCUCAUUGACCUGCUGGCUGGAAUGGAAGAAGAGCUGGACAGUCCUGUUGAGCUCGAGAAGAAGCGUAUUUGCCGCAUCGUCACCAGAGAUUUCCCUCAGUAUUUUGCUGUGGUGUCGCGGAUCAAGCAGGAGUCGAACCACGUGGGUCCUGACGGGGGUCUCCUGUCCAGCAGCACCGUGCCCAUGGUCCAGGCCUCUUUCCCACAGGGGGCGCUCACCAAGAGGAUUCGUGUUGGCCUGCAGGCCCAGCCUGUGCCCGAUGACCUGGCACGGGCAAUUCUUGGGAACAGGGCAACCUUCAGCCCCAUUGUUACUGUCGAGCCCAGGAGGCGGAAGUUCCACAAGCCCAUCACCAUGACGAUCCCUGUCCCACCUCGAUCGGCAGAAGGCCACCGCGGGGACUCUGCACCCUGCCUGCGUCUGCUCUGCAGCAUCACAGGAGGGAUGUCUCCUGCUCAGUGGGAGGACAUCACAGGGACCACACCGCUGUCCUUUGUAACUGACUGCGUCUCCUUCACCACAAAUGUGUCGGCCAGGUUCUGGCUCGCAGACUGUCACCAGAUUCCUGAGACGGUGAGUCUAGCGUCUCAGUUAUACCGGGAGCUGAUCUGCGUGCCGUACCUGGCCAAGUUUGUGGUUUUCGCCAAGAUGAACGACCCCGUUGAGGCUCGGCUGCGCUGCUUCUGCAUGACCGACGACAAGGUGGACAAAACCCUCGAGCAGCAGGAGAACUUUGAGGAAGUGGCACGCAGCAAAGACAUUGAGGUUCUGGAGGGCAAGCCUAUCCAUGUGGACUGUUAUGGCAACCUGUCUCCUCUCACUAAAAGUGGGCAGCAGCUGGUUUUUAACUUCUACUCUUUCAAGGAAAACAGACUUCCAUUCAAUGUGAAGAUCAGAGAUAUGGGCCAGGAGCCAUGUGGCCGUCUCUCCUUCCUGAGAGAGCCAAAAUCCAGCAAAGGCCUUCCACAGACUGCCAUAUGCAAUUUGAAUAUCACACUGCCAACACACAAGAAGGAUAUGGAGUCUGAUCCUGAUGAUGAGACUGAAAAGCCAGAACGACGCCAUACCUUUGCCUCCUUAGCUUUGCGUAAGCGCUACAGCUAUUUGACCGACCCAGCAGCGAGUCCCCAAAGUCCUUGUGAGCGAACAGAUUUGCGGAUGGCUAUCGUCGCAGAUCACCUGGGACUUAGUUGGACAGAGCUGGCUCGGGAGAUGAACUUCACAGUGGAUGAGAUCAACCACGUCAGAUUAGAGAACCCCAACUCUUUGACAGCGCAGAGCUUCAUGCUUCUUAAGAAAUGGGUCGGUCGGGAAGGGAAAAAUGCCACAACGGAUGCCUUAUCUGCAGUGCUGACCAAAGUCAAUCGGAUGGAUAUUGUGACUUUACUGGAGGGCCCAAUAUUUGACUAUGGUAACAUUUCAGGCACGAGAUGUUUUGCCGAUGAUAACGCUGUUUUCCAGGAUCAGGCUGAUGAUUAUCAGAGCAUUUUAGCGGAGUUGCAGUCCCCCGCUGCACUGAACUCUGACCCCAAUUUCCUGGAGCCCGAACUCCCCGUCACCCCCAAUCCUUCCCUUGAUCCCAACCAGCACUACCACUGUUACCCAGAACCAGACACCCCUCUGUUGGCGGACUCCCAGCAGCCACAGCCCCUGCCCUGGAGCCCAGGGAUAGAGCCCGGUAGCGGAGAACCUGACAGCCCCCCUAGGAGUCCCCCCAGACCCUGUGAGCUUGCCCUGUCCUUCCCAGUAUUUGACAUCCCAGAUACUGUUCCUCGUAAGGUCAGCAAGCCCCACAUUGCCCUGAACGACCAGCUGCUUCUGAGUGAGGAGGAGGACAGAUCCUAUCAAGAAAUGGAGCUGAGCCACAGGCCCAGGUCACGCUCCUUCCCUGCCAUGUUUGACUCAGACAUUGACAUGGCUUUCUCCACAUCCUCCCCUUCACUCUCAUCAAUAUCAUCCAUCACCCCUUCAUCGCCUGACAGAUUACUAAUGGGACACAAAAGAGCGCAGAUGGGUGCUCCCAAUAGCGCACAAGAGGUUGUAGAUUUGAAAGGAGGUGAAAAGAACGUGACAAAAGAAAUACAGAAGGUUGCCGAGAUGGUUUCAGCAGAGUUAUCGGAGGGAAAGUACUCAGUGGAAAAGUGGAUGGAGCAGGACUUAAUACAAAAUGUUGACAGAAAGUGUGAGAUGGUUACAACAGAUAGGCUGACGAUGGCAGAAGAAACCAUCGGCAUUUUGUUGGAACAGAAGGAUGGAUCUGCAGAGGAAGAGAACGUUGUGGCGAAUGCACUGCAAGAUGGGAAUAACAGGGAACACUGUGCGGUAGAAGAGGAAAGAGAUGUGCAAAAUCUGUCAGAAGAACAGCAUAAAAUCAUAAAAAUCGGGUAUGAAGUGGAAAACGAUGAUAAAAAAGAGUGUGUUAAUGUAACACCUGAGGUUCAAAAUGUUGAUGGGGGCAGUGAGGAAAGGGUCUACGAGGAUGACAGAAUAGAUGACACAGAUGGAGAGCUGCAGUUUGAGGGCAUAGAACGGUUGUGCGGCAGUGAAGGAGAGAUUUGCAAGGCAUUGGAAGGGGGCGAAACAGCCCAGGAGGAGGUUGUCAGUCCUCUCUCCCCUCAGGCCUGGGUUGAGGCACUUGAGGAACGUCAGCCGAGGGAUUCUGGGUCCAAUGAAGAGGAGGAGGAGGAGGAGGAGGAGGAGGAAGCGAGAGACACAGAAAACACAGAAGAGCCAUUAGGAUCUCUGUGUGAGGAGGUCGAGAAAGAAGAUGGCUCAGAGGAAAAUGAGGAGGACGAAGAGAUGAUCAAGGCCAGUAUUCAGGAGACUCUCGAUCAGGUUGAACAGGCAGAAAAAGACAUGUGUUCACUUUCAGGUUGGCACAGCGAUUCAUCGAGCGUCAAUGUUGAACCGCCAACGCCAGGCCGUAGUGUCAGCUCAGACCUGCUCGACAGGCGGGAAAGCCAAGAGAACUCCAGUGACUCCAUCACUUCCUCGUCAAGGGGCGAAUCAGGGCGGUCCCGGCACAACGGCGACAACUCAAAGCACUCACCUCAGGGCGGCUCAUCCGAAUCAUCAAAUGGCAAAAAGGAAGAAGGAGCACUGGUGUCCGAGAAAAAAGUUCAGCAGCAUGUUAGUGUAGAUUCCGGUUCAGAGGAAGAACAGACUGUAACUACCAGAAUCUUCCGACGCCGUCUCAUUUUAAAGGGAGAAGAAGCUAAGAAUAUCCCAGGGGAGACUAUGACAGAGGAACACUAUAUGGACCGGGAUGGUAACCUCAUCAGUAGAAAAGUAAUCAGAAAGGUUAUACGGCGGAUGUCUACUCCCACGCCAGAUAACCAAGGAGAGGACAGGUGGCUCAGAGACCUUCAGCACAGUCCCAUCCUGCAGGAGGACGGACCAGAGCAAGGAGAGGGGUCGAGGAAUAGCAGGCGAAAGGAUGACAGAAGAUCAGGGGACAAAAAGCUCCACUCAUAGGGAUGGUUUUGCUCUACCAGAUCUGCAGGAACUAAGUGAAAUGGUUCCCGGUGUGAGGUGUUCAGAGGGCUGAAGGGUUCCGUUGUGAGGACUUCAGGCACAGUCCAGUUCGCAACAAUCUGCUUCAAACAAACGGUUUUCACACAAGAGGAGUCGACCCUUCUGACUAAACGCAUGAGCAUGAAAAACUCACCCGCCUGUCAAUCAGAGGACUGAGGGGUGGGGGGGGGGGUUCUCACUUUCUGACUGUAGUGGACCCACGGACAAUGAUUCUGCUUCCUGCUUUUUGUGUGAAACAACGUGUCUUCGGUCCACCAGUGUUGUGAGAGCCUUUGAAAGGAGCAUUGUUUGCUGUGAAAAUGAGUUGGGGAAAAAAGACUCCCCUGACCGACAACCACACAGGUGCAACUGUGACCAAAGAUGGCACAAGAGCUCAAUCCACAUGGAGGGUGGAAGGAAAGAAGUCGACACAAUAACACAAAAACAAAACGGAACACUUCUGAUACAACUUCAACACUCGCCUUAUAGUUUUUUCUUGAACCCAUUGUUGUCAAGAUGUAAAUUGUUUUGGGAUUUUUUUCUUCCUUUUUAAAACUUAAACUAACACAAAAGCUUUUUUCUGUAUAUAAAAUGACGAUGUGUAAAAAUCUUUAAAAAGGGGAUAAGUGACUGGUUGAGAACGCACUAAGGAGAGUUACCUUUUCAAGUGCUUUCAAAAUUUAUUGAAUUGGUUCCACUUUUAAAGAUUUGAGUGUAACUUCACAGGUUCUUGUAUAAUUAAUUAUUAGAGCUGGUAUAAUGUUUGUACAUGGGGAAAAAACAGCUAGUUUGAUUUUAACAGAACUUUCCAGAAAAUCACUUUUCAGUAAUGGAUCUAAUCCUACAAAAAGCAGCCUUUCAGAGUUCUCAUGUUUUCAUGCAUGCUGUUCACAUUAUUUUAAGUAAAAUUUUUACAAGUUUGCAAACACUGUAUUCAAACGACAAAUAAAACCCUUUAUCUGUGUACACAUAUAGCCCUCACAUUUGUCACCAAUUUUAUAUUUUAAAAUGAAAAGGGGUACCAUUAAACAUUAAUCAUGUUGGGGUGAGGAUGAAAAAAAGAACUAUAGCUUCUUGAGGGUGUUAUGUCUUGUCUGUUUAUGUGAAAACAGAGGGCAGCUUCUGCUAAGAGAACGAUUUAAUCUGAAUGUAAAUGCUAGUAGGCUGGCUCGCUGUAAAAUUAUAACUGUAUCGUGCGUAUUGGCUAUAAGGUGUAGGAGUCUCUGUACACUGUUAGACUGUUGGUAAUCAUUUUAGCAGUGUGUCAAUUUGGUUUUCUAACCGCUGCUGUGAUAUUUAAGGAAAACUGGGGCAUUUCAUUUUGGAUUUUUUGGUGAACUAUUUCCUUAAUUUAAAAGCUACUCACAUUAAGGACACAUAAAAACAUUAUUUGAUUGUAGAUCUAAAUAGCAUAUUGUAUGACAAAAACACUGGAUGGUCAAAAGCAAUUAUUUAAACAUUAAAUAAAUUGUGUUUAACUCUGAAACUGUGUGAUCUUUUUAGGCUUGAGAGUCUGUAUAUGCAGUGUCGAAUAGACUUGUUUUCACUAGAUCAUUGGCAAAAAAUCUUACUUUACAUUACAUAAAGGAUUAUCUUUGUAUUGGAUUUCAUUAGAUGCCCAUGCAGUUCAAGUGUGGUGUUCUACUGGUGAGAUGACUCAGUAUGCUGAUGUCUAUGCUGUGGACAUGAAAACUAUGUUUGUUUGUUUUUGUUUUUUUGAGGGGCUGGGGGGGGGGGGGGGGUUUCAAGGAAGUCAGGUAGGGUGCUGUACCACAUCCCCUUAUACUACUAUGUCAAUCAGGGGGUAGAGGAUCCUUUGAUAUGGUUGAACUAUCAAUUUUUGUCAAUUUUGUUUGAUAUGUGUUUUCACCUGAGCAGAUUUUUUGAUGUACAAUUCUUACUAACAAGAGUGAAGCCAUUGAAAUGUAACUAUUCUAGCACUUUGGUUAUUCAAGGUCUUUUAGAGGCUAUAGCAGCAAUGAUGCCACCACAAAUGUUUCAGACGUCUUUAAAAAAAAAUCAACCUAAAAAUGAAAAAAAAAAUAAAAAUGCAUUGAUUUCGCAAUAUAA